GAGACGCUCAAGCCGCAGCGACGUCAACGCGUUCAGCCAAUAGAGAGGCACGUCGUUUCGUUACGUCGUUGGGUGAAAGGUCGCAGUAAUGGCGGCGGCUCAAAUGUAAACAGUGUGAUCUGUUGGAGGACAGUCCACAGAUAUGAGACUGCUGUCGCAGGUGGUGAAGUCUGCAGUGAGUCAGAGGGAUUGGAGCCGCAGACACUUCUGGGGUUGGCUCAAUGCUGUUUUCAACAAGGUGGACUACGAGAGGAUCAAGGCUGUCGGUCCGGACCGAGCCGCCGCUGAGUGGCUGCUGAGAUGCGGUGCCAAAGUGAGGUUCCAGGGUUUCGAUCGCUGGCAUCACGACUACAACGGACUGCCAACUGGGCCUCUGGGCAGAUACAAGAUCCAGGGGAUUGAUGCCACCGAAUCCUGCAUCAUGUACAGAGGGUUUGACCACCUGGAUGGUUUGAAACACGUGGAAGAAAUAAAGCUCAGUAAGUGUAUCUACAUAGAAGACGCCUGUCUGGAGAGGCUGAGCUCCAUAGAGAACCUGCAGGAGAGUCUGUACAUGAUGGAGGUGGUUUCAUGUGGAAACGUGACCGAUAAAGGCAUCGUCGCUCUGCACAAACUCAAGAAUCUGGAGUAUCUGUUUCUCAGCGACCUUCCUGGAAUCAAAGACAAACAGAUGACGGUGGGCAGACUGCAGACGGCGCUUCCACGUCUGGACGUCGAGCUGGAUCUGGAGUGAAAAUAUUCACGAUGUCCUUUUUAAAGGUUUUCAGAGUCAAAGACCCAGUUUUGAAAGAAAGGACUUGCAGGGCUUUGAUGGUCUGACAGCAGAUCAGUUUAGGUGUAUUUUUCUGCAAACGUGAUGCUGCUUGACAUUCAUUAUGUUGUUUUUUUUUUUUUUUUUUUUUUUUUAAAAGAGUGUGGAGCAAAGCUGAUGUUUCAUUUCUGCUCUUGUCCAGCUAAUGCAAAAGUUAAAGUCCCUCCUCAGUCGUCUAUUAAACCCCUAGAAACUCAUCUCCAUGCGUCAGAGUGACAUAUUUAGACAUUUCUUUGGAUUAAAAUAAUCUCUCCAUUUGUUAAAAUGGCUUUGAUGCAACUCUACACGCAUUCUUUUUUGCAGCUCGAGCACACCAGCUCACCUAUGCCUCUGCGGAAACACUAAAACUACUCAAUGCCAACUUGGCCAACUGGUCACACAUGUUCAAACCAGUGUCUUGCCAGAAACUGACUGCAGUCAGCAGGAGUGUUUUGCUAAUUAUUGUCCACUUUAUAUAUGUCUAGAGUUGCUUUUUUCUGCAUCCAACAGUCUUAACAUUCAAAAAACAUAAUUUUAUAUCCCUCUGUGGUGAAAGCAAAGGUAUGUCUUUGUGAAAAUUUAUGGUAACUGAACAAUUGUGCCCAAAAAAGCAACUUAUAAUGUAAUCAGGCAUGACAUUGAGGAUCACAGGCAGUACUAUAGUGUUAUUUCUGACGUUUAGGCUGUAUGUAUGUCGAAUAUCCAUGUUUAAAUCCGGAAACUAGACUGUAAUUAGCAAGAUUUAUGUCUAAGUUUUACAUAAAAAAUGAAGAAAGCAUAUCUUUUGCAAUCAUCUUAAUGCUUUACCUAUUUAGAUUAUCACCAAUCCAGUUCUUUUUGUCAGUUAAAUUAGCUGUUAAGGAGCAAUUCUGCAGUUUUCCACUUGUCAAAAAAGGAUUGCAGCCCCUAAAUUGUGACUGAAAUGUCAUUAAUGCAUCAAAAUGACUUGAUUUCAUUAAUAAGGGUAAUAUUUUAAAGAUUAAAGCCCAUAGAGUAAUAUAUUUGGAAGCCUAAACAAGCAGCAGGAUCAGUUUUUGGCAAGAAACACAGGGAAUUAAUUCCAAAAAAGAAACAAAAUACAUUAAGACCUUAAGUUGAUUGGUUCCUUAGGUUUGUGAUGUAUGAAACCCAGGAAGUCUGAAUCCAUGUUUUUGAGACUGUCAUUGGUACAUGGGUGGAAAGUUUUCAAGCAGAUAAAAAAGAAAAUAUAGACACAUGAACACCGUAAAAAAAAACUUCAUUUCCACCAGAGGAAGACGGACUUCGAGGGACUUUAUACCGUCGACACCAGUUCUCUUUGAUAUUGUGUAGUUUAUUAAAGGUUACUCCACAUGUACACAGAGAAAAAGCAAUGUAAGAGUAAUUUAAAUCUUUUCUUUUCAGAUUAAUUUGGCAUUUGUCAUAAAAUAUAUCUGAGGACAGACAGAUGGCUGAAAACAUCCUUAGCACCAGAGUUCCAGAGAGGAUGAGUACGAUGUUGUACUGCUGCUGAUAAACGCUUGUAAAGGUGGUUAAAGGAAUGUUUACAACUGUAUUCACUCCUCACGUUAAUAAAUAUUAUGUCCAGAAAAAUGCU